AUGACAACAAUCGAACACAACUCACAACAAACAAAACAUAAUAACCCAGCAGCAGCCACGAACGUAGCAGAUGCGGAAGAAGUCAAACAACUGAAAAAUAUGUAUAAAGAUGCGUUGGGACACCUGAAGGAAGUAUUUGCUGAAUGGUCAGAAGAAGACUUACUCUUCACCCUUCAGGACGCUGAGGGUGACCUCGAAACGGCGGUUAACCGAAUUAGUGAAGGCCACGUAAACCAGUGGGACAAAGUAAAAUCGAAGAAAAAUAAAAAAGAAUCCGCUCCAAAGUCUAAAACUAAUGGACAACAAUCCGGUAAUAGCCAGCGUGGACACCAGCGUAACAAUGAUCGUAGUGACCGUGGCGAACGCAACGAGCGUAAUGACCGUGGGCGGCCCCGCAGCGAUGCAUCGACCCGCAGCGGAAGGCACCACGCAAGCGACACUCCCCGUCAUGGCAACAAACCCCGCGAAAACGGUGCCGCCAACGCAGGUUACCAACGUCCGCCACGUCAAGUGAACGGUCCCAGCCAGCACGAAGAUAACUCUUGGAGCAAACCAAGAAGUAAUAACCAUCGCGCAGCGAAAGAUGGAAACCGAGGCUUUCAUGGUACGAGUACGGAUAAUCGAGUGAAGGGUGCAGACGAUGAUGCACCGAUUGGGUGGAAGAAUCCUGACCCGGCUGCCAGUGACGCUAAUUGGGGUGAUAAUACCGGAACUAAUAAUAAUGGUAAUUGGACUAAUACGUCCGGUGAGGGUAAAACAAAUGAUACAUGGGACAAUCCUGCAAGCGUCAAUAAUACAUGGAGUACCAUAGAACAACAACCAAAAGAUCCCUGGGUUACAGCGGAUAAGGUGAAAGACAAUAGUAGAGGGGUUGAAAUUCAGAAGAGCGAGAAAGCAUCAUCAGGAUUGGGCCAGAAGCCAAGGACAAUAACUAGUCCGACUAUGUCAUGGGCUCAGAUCGUAAAAGAUGAUAACAAGCCCGAAAGCAAACAAGAAUCACUUUCAGCACCAGCCAAAACCGCACCUGAAGCAAAGAAACCAUCUUCUCCGCAGCCAUCAAACUCUCAAAUUAAAUCACCCGCAAAAUCACCAUCUAAAUCGCCUGCAAUAGGGCAGAUAACACCCAGUCACACGGAAAGCGAACCUAAUAAUGAACCUCCGGCCAAAGUGCCUUCACCUCGUCCAUCAGCUGCUGCUGUGUCGACCCCUACAAAAGUAGAAGAGACCAUACAACAGACUGUAAAUGAGUUGACACAAUCAGAACAAUUAUCCGCCUCCAAUAUAUCUCCUUCAGUCACAAUCCCUUCACCACGUGCUAAAGAAGCAACACCACCAAAUGCUCACAAGAGUAAACCGGCUACCGGUCGUCGAAUGAGGCAAGUUGCUGCAGUAGUUAUGCCAAGUGCCGGGGUAGAUGUUGAGAGGGUCAGCGUACAAUUUGGUAAUAUAGAUUUAUUGAGUAAUUCCAAUGAUAACAAUGACACGGACAAGUUAUCGAUGAAUGUAUCCCACAAGUCUGAAGACAAGAUUCAGACUAAACCUCAGACAGUCGUUGAGACGCAGGCAUCGUCCGCGCAAUCGGUCACUACUCAAGCACAAGCGCAAUCUGUUCAACAACAUUUACCUCAACCACAAUCGUCUCCACAGGUGUUACAAUCAUCUCCACAACAACAGAGUGUCCUCCCCUCUGCUAAUAAUGCACCAUCAGCUAAUCCGGCAGUAUUUGCUACAAAUUACUUUAAACAGCAACAAGAGCAAUCAACCGCAGCUACGGCUGCCUACCUUGGACAACAGCAUCAUGUGGGCAUUGGCGAACCGCUUUCAUCUCCAUAUGGAUCAUACCUGCCGAGUCAGCCUCCUAGUCAGAUGUCACAGUUUACUCUCGCGCCAGCUUUGCACGAGUAUGGUGCCAUGUAUCCAGCCGAUGCGUCUCGUUUGAUGGGUUAUUAUCCUUCUGGCGAUCCGAACGCUGGCUAUGGCCAGGCGUCACCCGUCGCCGCUGCUACAUAUGGAACACGUGAAAAUAAUAAAUAUACUGCAGAUACUCAGACAUCGUCUAGUGCUCAGCCUGGUAAUCAAACAUCGGCAUCUCAGCAAGGAUCUAAUCAGCAGCAAGUACAAAAUCCACAGGCGCAGCAACCUCCAUAUCCAAUCAGUACCAACAUGGCACCAUAUUAUACUGGAUAUUAUUAUGUUGGAGCACAGUUUCCUAAUUAUGGACAAUCAAGUUAUCAACCAUUUGUAGGUAAAUAUCCAAUGCAUCCAUACCAUCACUCUACUAAACCAGGAUCAGCAUCUGGCCCGUCUGCGUAUGGAUAUCCUACCACUCCGACAACGCCCAGCACACCCCAUCAUUAUUCUCACACAACGUCCGCCGCCGGAUACGAAGAUGUUGCUGGUAGCAACGUACACCAUCUGCCAGGCGUUCCAGGGAUGCAUGAUUACCAAAAAAGCUACGGGACUAAUAUUCCUCAACUGCAGAAUUUUCUAGGCAACAGUGGUGCGAACAAUACUCAAUCUACGACUGCUAGCGCUGGUUCCAAUACACCAGCUAGCAAAGGAACUAAUAACAAUAGUUCAGAGUUAUCAGCCACUCAAUACAAGAGUUAUACUGACAAACCCUCUGCGGCAGGGCAGAGUGGUGUAGGACAGACUACUGGUCAUCAACCACAGCAGCAGAAUAAUCCGAACUAUUAUGGGCAGCAAACCCAAGGAGGACAAAUGUUUAAUAAUUAUCAGUAUCAGCAGACUCACCACCAGUUCCAUCCACAUCAUCAAACCACUAAUCGAGGACAGCAAUAUUGGAGUCAACAGAGCUAG